GACACUAAUAAGCGAUCCGCAGCGCGCAUGCGCCGCCGCCAUUUCUGAAAGCGACAAGCGGCUUCUAUCAAAAAACAAAACAUUAAUACCAAUAUUAUUAUUAGCGAAAUGUCGCCGGAAAAAGAAAAAGAGCCCGAAGAUGUAAUGGAAUCAAUAGACGAGUUGAAAGAAAGACUGUCUUCCAUGAAGAGGAUGAUGGAGGAGCGAAAAGCCGCUGGUGCGGGGACAAAGGACUUGUUCCAAGGUCACGCCACCAGCCUCGAGGGCACCAAUAUGAUAGACGGGAGCUUCCUUAGCUUUGUCUUCGGAGGGUCCCUGGUAGUUAUACUGAGCGUCUCAUUCUACGCUUUCUAUAAUCUAUACCAUGCUGUGUUAAAGAAAUUCCCUUCGCCACAUACUGAACUAUAAAUAGUAGGUAGUUAAAUAAAUU